ACGGCGGUCUUCCUUAAAAAAAGGGUCUUACGCCCGUAGCGAUCUCGAAAUCUCUUGCGCGCGCUCUCAUCAGCGUGUCGCCCCCUCACACUCCGAAUGUUACCUUCAUAUGCAUCUUCGGCCGGUUCUAAGAUGAUGUCCCGGCAUCAUUCCGCCGGAGUUUCCAAUGGCUACCCGCGAAAUAACACAUUUGAUAUCUCCCCUCACAGAUUCCAGCCUCGCGCCGCAACACCCGCAGCUCGUCGACGGAAAAGCCUAUUAACACGACUAGGUAUAAUCGUAGUCGUCGUCGUUCUGAUUUGGCUGUUCAUCUCAUCGGGAAGCGGUGUAUUUACGUCGAUUUUUUCCUUGGGCCUUAUAAGUACGAAUAGCGAUGUUUUGAUGGAUACUGUCCGAUAUUACGAUCUUUCGAAUGUUCAGGGAACCGCUCGCGGCUGGGAAAGAGAGGAACGCAUUCUCAUGUGUGUCCCUUUAAGAGAUGCCGAACCACAUCUCAAUAUGAUGUUCUCACAUCUUCGAAACUUUACCUACCCCCACCAUCUUGUCGACCUCGCUUUCCUCGUCUCCGACUCGAAAGACAGAACGUUAGAAGUGCUAAUCGAGAAGCUCGAGGAAUUACAAGCUGCUGAAGACCCGAAACAACCUUAUGGAGAAAUAUCGAUCAUCGAAAAAGAUUUUGGUCAGAAGGUCAACCAAGAUGUGGAGAGUCGUCACGGAUUUGCGGCACAGGCAAGUCGCCGGAAGCUGAUGGCCCAAGCGCGUAAUUGGCUAUUAAGUGCUACUCUUCGGCCGUAUCAUUCCUGGGUUUAUUGGAGAGAUGUCGAUGUUGAGACAGCGCCAUUUACCAUUCUAGAGGACUUGAUGCGUCACAACAAGGAUGUCAUUGUACCAAAUGUUUGGCGACCACUUCCCGACUGGCUUGGAGGCGAACAACCAUACGAUCUGAACUCAUGGCAGGAGUCGGAAACUGCUUUGGCACUUGCAGACACCUUGGACGAAGAUGCCGUGAUUGUAGAGGGUUAUGCUGAGUACGCUACUUGGCGGCCCCAUCUUGCCUACCUCCGUGACCCGUACGGUGAUCCAGAUAUGGAAAUGGAAAUCGAUGGCGUCGGAGGUGUUAGUAUUCUAGCCAAGGCAAGAGUAUUUAGAUCUGGUGUCCAUUUCCCGGCUUUUAGCUUUGAAAAACAUGCUGAAACCGAAGGCUUUGGCAAGAUGGCUAAACGCAUGCAAUUCUCUGUUGUUGGACUUCCCCAUUAUACAAUCUGGCAUUUGUACGAGCCUAGCGUGGAUGAUAUUAAACAUAUGGAGGAGAUGGAGGCUGAGCGUCAGGCUAAAGAGGCUGAAGAAAAGGCCAAGCAAGACCGCGAGAAGCAGGUAAAGGAGCAGUUUGGUGACGCCAACGCUCAGUGGGAACAAGACAAAUCAGGAAUACAAAACCUGGCUAAGGAGGCCCAGAAAGAACAGAAAGAGCAGAAAGAACAAAAAGUCGAGGCCAAAAAGGAAGAGUCGGGUCAAGAUUCAAAAAAGGCAGCUGAUAAGGUCGAAGAGCAACCCAAGAACAACCAAUUUAGGGUAGCGGCCUAGAGUUCAAUCACUACGAUAAAAUUACAGGCAUGGCCUUCGGU